UUCUCUUUCUCAGUACUACUGCGUUUGCGGCGUGGUUGCGGUGGCAGAGUCAGUUUUUUUCCGACGAUCACAAGAAUCGAAAAUGGAGUUUUCUCAAGAUGAUUUUGAACGUUUACUGUUAUCGGAGCAGAAUCGUAAAACCGCUGAAGAAAACUACGCUAUCAAUCCUCUUGAUGCUGAUAAUCUUACCAAGUGGGGAGAAGCUUUGAUAGAGUUGUCGUCGUUCCAAAGUCCUGCGGAUUCUAAGAAGAUGAUUGAAGAUGCACUUGCUAAGUUGGAGGAGGCUUUAGUGAUCAAUCCAACAAAGCACUACACUCUUUGGUGCAUGGGGAAUGGCCUCACGUCUUGUGCAUUUCUAACUCCUGAUUUCAGUGAUGCAAAGGUUUAUUUUGACAAGGCCUAUGAGUAUUUCCAGAAAGCUGUUGACGUGGAUCCUGAAAACGGUCUCUACAGACAAUCCUUGACAGUUGCUCUUAAGGCCCCAGAACUACACAUGGAGAUUCACAAAAGUGGGCUUGGGCUUGGUCAGAUGAGUCAUGGCGGGUCCUCUGGUUCAAAAGGACAGGCAUCCAAAAAGCAGAAGAGCAGUGACUUCAAAUAUGACAUGUUUGGAUGGAUUAUUCUUGCAGUAGGUCUCGUAGCAUGGGUGGGAAUGGCCAAAUCUCACAUUCCACCUUCACCUCCAAGUUAAACAAAUUUAGUCAUUCCUUUAUGAUAUCAAAUCUAUCGGUGAAAGGAUGUACAAUUUAGGUAUUGCAUAUUGAUGUUUGGUUAAGUAACUAACGCUUUUGGGGCAGUCCACAUUCCACCUCUACUCCCCCAGCACUAAGCCUCAAAGAUGAAAAUGGUCUUUUGUAUUUUGACCUAUAUGUGACUCGAUCAAGAUGAUCCGAUUACGAUUCAUGUACAAUUUUAUUUGAUGAUUCAAAUACAAAGCUACUCAAUAUAACUAUAAAAAACUAACUAUCUCAA